GUUCCUCUCCAGUUCACAGCAAAGCAGCUGGAGAAACUCUCCAAGAAGGCUGAGAAGGAUUCCAAGGCUGAACAAGCUAAAGUCAAAAAGGCCCUGCAGCAGAAGAAUGUGGAGUGUGCCCGAGUGUAUGCUGAGAACUCCAUCCGCAAACGCAACGAGAGCCUCAACUGGUUGCGCAUGGCCUCGCGUGUUGACGCCGUGGCCUCCAAGGUGCAGACAGCUGUCACCAUGAAGGGGGUGACGAAAAACAUGGCCCAGGUGACCAAGGCCUUGGACAAGGCUCUGAACUCCAUGGACCUCCAGAAGGUGUCAGCAGUGAUGGAUAAAUUCGAGCAGCAGGUGCAGAACCUGGAUGUUCACACGUCGGUGAUGGAGGACUCCAUGAGCUCUGCCACCACGCUGACCACGCCGCAGGAGCAGGUGGACAGUCUCAUCGUGCAGAUUGCUGAGGAGAAUGGGCUGGAGAUCAUGGACCAGCUGAGCCAACUGCCCGAGGGGGCCUCAGCCCUGGGGGAGAGCUCUGUCCGCUCC